AUGGCAACACGAAGGGAUCCCGGGGAAAGUUCUAGCUUCAAUCCCGUGGAAAGGGAUCAGGAGCAAGUUGAGGAAGAUAUCUUAUUGCGUGAUUUGGUCCCACCAAGAGAGGGACAAGCGAGGGGGACCGUUGACCCACCUUUUCAAAUAAAUAGGGAGCAGUUGAGGUUAGCCGUUCAGGAGGCUAUUUUUUAUGCAUAUCGACCGACAGGUGCGUUAUCGUCACAGUUUGUGCCACCACCGGCACCACCACCACCACCACCAAAGAAAAAUGAGUUAGAUGAUACUCUUUACCACAUUGCAAAGUUUGUGAAAUUGAUGCCAACUCUGUUUGAGGGCGGUCCAGAUCCGCUUGUUGCGGAUAGUUUCAUGGAUAGGGUGGAGAAGCAUAUUAAUGCCAUGAAUUUGGCAACGGACAAGUUGAAGAUUACAUUGGCUACUUACAAUUUUGUGGGCGAUGCUGAGAUUUGGUGGAAGACCGUUUCUCACACCCAUAAUCUGGAUACUAUGACAUAUGCUACAUUUAAGAAGUUGUAUUAUGAGAAGUACUUUCCAGCGCCUAAGCGGAGAGAACUAAAGAAGGAGUUUGAUGGGUUAAAGCAAGGAAGUAUGACAGUUACAGAGUAUGAAAACAAGUUUACAUCACUUUUGAGGUUUGCACCGGGAAUUGCUAAUGAUGGAGAAGGAAAGAUUGAGAAAUUUGUUGAUGGCCUUAAUCUUACCAUUAGGCCAAUUGUAGCUGCUUCAAAACCAACAGAGUAUGCAAAAGCAGUGCGAAAAGCUUUAGUGGUUGAGGCUGAGAGUAAGGACAACAAGGCUAUCAGGGAGUCCUACAAGCACAACAGGGGUAUGAGUACUUUCUCCGAAGGUCAAUCAAGUAAGAAGCAGAAGCAUGAGCAGUCAGGGUUCAGAGGACAGCAGCCAGUCAGAUCUGCACCCACAGCUUCAGUGUCCAUGGGGUCUUCUAGACCGAACGUUACUUGUUUUAGAUGCGGGCAGUUGGGACAUUACAAGUCCCAAUGCACUCAGACACAGGGCCAUAGGGUGAAAGAUUGUCCACAGCGGGGCAGUGGUUUGGGCAAAGGUGGAGGUUCACAGCAGAGGCAAAUGCAGUCUGCCACAGUUCAGUCAGGGUUUCGACCACCACCACUACCUCAGCCGUCUCAGCCAACUAUGUCAGCCCAGAGUUCUCGACCUGGUAGGGAAGCUUCUUCGAGUGCACCUACUCAACAGUCUGGCUAUCAGGCAGGCAGUUCUCAGGGGCAGAGGACCCAGGGUCGCGUGUUUUCACUCACUCCAGCCGAGUCACCAUCCAGUCCUUCAGUUGUCAGGGUUGCUUUUAGUAGAGUUUGUAGGAAUUGUUCCAUCACAAUUGCCGGACGUGUUCUUGAGUUCGAUCUCACCCUUUUCGAGAUGACGGGAUUUGAUGUCAUUCUUGGGAUGGACUGGUUGUCAUCCUUCAGAGCUGUCAUUAAUUGUUUCAGGGGCAGAGUUUCAGUGUGUACCCCGGAUGGGGAUUGUUUCUGUUUUGUGGGAGAUCGGUGUGAUCCUCUCACUCAUUCAUUUUAUGGUGUCAGGGGUCGAGAUCGGUAG